AUGAUCCCAGCUCGAUCAGCAUAUAUUACGGAUUACGGAUUAGAUCAGCAUGCGGAGGAGGAGGCGGAGGAGGAGGCGGAGGAGGAGGCGGAGGCGGAGGAGGCGGAGGAGGCGGAGGCGGAGGCGGAGGCGGAGGCGGAGGAGGAGGCGGAGGAGGAGGCGGAGGCGGAGGAGGAGGCGGAGGAGGAGGCAGAGGAGGAGGCGGAGGCGGAGGAGGAGGCGGAGGAGGAGGCAGAGGAGGAGGCAGAGGAGGAGGCGGAGGAGGAGGCGGAGGAGGAGGCGGAGGAGGAGGCGGAGGAGGAGGCGGAGGAGGAGGCGGAGGAGGAGGCGGAGGAGGAGGCGGAGGAGGAGGCGGAGGAGGAGGCGGAGGAGGAGGCGGAGGAGGAGGCGGAGGAGGAGGCGGAGGAGGAGGCGGAGGAGGAGGCGGAGGAGGAGGCGGAGGAGGCGGAGGAGGCGGAGGAGGCGGAGGAGGCGGAGGAGGCGGAGAAACCAAGAUACAAAACAGAAAGGGCAGAAUUGUUACAUACGAACAAGCAACACAACUUAAAUGUUGACUACGACGAUGAGUUCGGUCAGUCAAUAGUGAGGGAAGAAAUAGGUAGAGCAUUCAAGGGGCUGAGAGAUCGUAAAGCUCCUACAGCUGGUAACAUCCCUGGAUUGUAA